AUGGCCACACCGACCGAGGCCGGCCCCGCGCCGCCUCAGCCUGCCACCGAGCAGAAGCCCAUCCGCAGCCUCGUCCUCGACACCGGCCCGCUGAUCAAGAACGACCCCCCCGUCAGCACCCUCCUCGCCAAGGCCGAAUGCCUGUACACGCUGCCCGUCAUCGUGUCCGAGAUUCGCGACGCCGAGACGCGCUCGCGCGUCGAGACGACGCUGCUGCCGUUCGUCACGCUGCGUUCCCCGCGUCCGGAGAGCGUGAAACACAUCCGCGACUUUGCGCGCCGCACGGGCGACCUCGCGGUGCUGAGCAGGCCGGAUAUCGAUGUCCUGGCGCUGGGGUACGAGCUUGAGUGCGAGCGCAACGGCGGGGACUGGCGGUUGAGGAACACGCCUGGGCAGAAGGGCCUGAAUGGGCGGCCGGGCGACGCGGCGGACAAGCAGGCCAAGGAGACCAAGGAUGAAGAGCCCCAGGCGGAUGCCGACGCCACGGCGGAGCAGCCGGCAGAGCAUGCUACUGCAGAGGCGGAAAGCAACGAAGCUGCCCCGGCAGAGCAACAAGUGGAGGAGAAGCUGCAGAACCUGGAUCUGAACGAGGCUUCAGCCGAUCAAGAACCACUCGACGAAUCAGCAGGCGCCGACAUUGUCGAAGCCGCGGAAGUCUCUGGAGAAAAGGAAGACGAGACCGUGUCUGUACAGCAAGACGCCGAUGCGGGCUCCGACUCGGACUCGGACGGCUGGAUCACGCCCUCCAACGUCAAGAAGCACAAGGACCACGACGCCAACUCGGCAGCCAGCCCCUCUGGCGGCUCGUCCACGCCCCUCAUCCUGCAAGCCGCGGUCCUCACCUCCGACUACGCCAUGCAAAACGUCGCGCUGCGCAUGAACCUCAACCUCGUCGCGCCGUCCCUCGCGCGCAUCACGCGGCUCAAGAGCUGGGUCCUGCGCUGCCACGGCUGCUUCACCGUCACCAAGGACAUGAACAAGCAGUUCUGUCCGUCGUGCGGCCAGCCGACGCUCAUGCGCGCCAGCUGCUCGACCGACGAGCGAGGCAACUUCCGCGUCCACCUCAAGAAGAACUUUCAGUGGAACAACCGCGGCAACGUCUACAGCGUGCCGAAGCCCGUGCACGGCAGCGCCAACGGCCGCCUGCCGCGCAAUGCCGGCGGCGGCAAGAACGGCUGGGGCGCGGGGCUCGUCCUCGCCGAGGACCAGAAGGAGUUUACGCGCGCGCAGGACGAGCAGCGCAGGGAGAGGAAGCUCGACGUCAUGGACCAGGAUUACCUGCCGGGUAUACUGACGGGGUCGCGGUCUGGCGGCAGCGGGGGCAAGAUUCGCGUGGGCGCCGGGCGGAACGUCAACUCGAAGCGCAAGCACUGA